CCGAUGUGCGGGUAGAGAACAGUCGUUGAAGUCAGCCCCAACAUAGCGGAGCCAGCGAGUAUAUAGCACCACGUUCCAGACCUAAAUCAACAACACACAAAACUCACACACACACACAACAUGGGAGACUACACCUGGAUUAGCACCAACGUUUACGGAGCCCUGCCCCCAGGUGCCAUCAUUGCCGGCCACGAUUCCGACCAGGAUCCCAUCUAUGUGGGCCGCGCCUACCACAAUGGCGAGAUGCUGCCGGCGAAGGUGGUGCCCGGAAAGCAGCAGGCCUAUGUGCCAUGGGGCGGUCAGGAGAUCAGCAAGCACGACUUCGAGGUGCUCGUCGGUGAUCACUUCUCCUGGAUCCCGGCCAGCGGCGGAUCUGUACCGCCCUUCGCCAUCCAAGUGGGCCAGACUGGCGAGGGUGAGCCCCUGUACGUGGGUCGUGGUUACUUCCAGGGCAGCCUUACCCCCGGCAAGAUCCAUCCCUCGCACCAGUGCCUGUACAUCCCCUACGGCGGACAGGAGCACCGUCUGGAGGCCUAUGAAGUGCUGGUCCAGCCGGAAACUUGGAUAGCCUCUUGCGGACGCGGCAUUGUUCCUGGAACAGUGGUGGGCGGACACGACUCCGAUGGCGACCAGAUCUUUGUGGGUCGCGCCUACCACGAGGGCGAUUUGCUGCCGGCCAAGGUGAUCCCCAGCAAGGGCUGCGCCUAUGUGCCCUACGGAGGCGGUGAGGUGGUCAAGCACGACUACGAACUGCUGGCCGGAUACGGAUACGGAUGGGUGCACGACAGCCAUGGCAACGUGCCCGGCAAUGCCGUUCUCUGUGGUCGCACUGCCGACGGAGAGCCCCUGUUCAUCGGCCGUGCCCACCACCACGGCAGCCUCACUCCCGGCAAGAUCCAUCAGUCGCACCACUGCCUCUACAUCCCAUUCGGCGGCGAGGAGGUCCGCAUCGACCACUACGAGGUCCUGGUCAAGGGCUAAGCUCCUACUGCUACUAGACUACUUAAUUUAUAAAUCAUCUUGCAUCAUUAAAACUGUCUACCGCUAAACCAAA